AUGAUAAUAAAGGAAUUUACAAGCCAACCUUCAAAAUAUAUCCAUUUUGGCCUAUAAAUUUUAAAUGACUUGUUAAUACUGAAAUGUGGUUUAUUGAUUUUUACAAAUGGAUAAAAGCCAGAAAAUUCUUUUGAAAUAUUUCUUUUAUAUCUAGUUAGACCAUAUGCUUAUUUUAUAAGAUCAAAUUUAUAGGUUGAAUACAUUCUCUUUAGUUUUGUGACAAUGUAAAUUUUUAUAUUAUAUUGGUUUUAUCUUAUGAAUAUACAAAAAAAUGACAAAAAGACAACAUCAUAUAUAGAUCAAAUUAGUAAAUACGAAUCACUUUCAACAUUAUAUUUUUUAAUGAUUAAAAUUUGGAAAACCCUAUUCUUAUUUUUAACAGAAUUUUUAGGAUAUUUAUUAAUCGAAGGGUAUUUUUUAAUCUUAUUUGAUAAAAUUUAAGAUAAUUUAUUUUGCAUCAUCAGCUCCGUCAUAAUUAUAUUUGAAAUCUUAAUAAUAAUAAUACUAUAAGAAUUAUUCUGGAAUUAAAGUCUUCAUUAUAUCCCAAAAUAACUGAACCAAAUAAAUUAACCCACCAUCUCCAUUUUAUAUACUAAAUUAUUGAAAAUUAUUACACUUUGUCUUUUUGCUAGUUAAAUAAGUUAUAAAUCUGUAAUAGUUUUAGGGAUAUCGAUCUUAAAUAGUAUUUAUGAAUUGUACAUCCUAUUAAUACUAAAAAUUAAACAUGAUUUAAUGAUCAUAAGCUUAGAUGUAUUAAUGUAAUGUUUAAUAAUUUGUGUUUCUAUUUAAUAAUUAAUAAUCAAUGCAAGUAAUUUCGGAUUAUAAUUCUUGUGGAUUAUUGUUGGAAUUUUACUUUACAAAUUAAUUUCUUUAUAUUACUUGAAUAACUCUAUUUUACAGAUUUAAGUAGUUCAAUUGAAUGAUAAUAACAUUGAUUAUAAAUUGUUGGAUGGAAAGUAGAAACUAUUCAAAUAUUAAAAGUUAAUUUAAGAAAGAGGUUCUGAAUAUAGAUUAGCUAAUAAAAUUUUGGUAAUAUAACAUCAACAGAAAUGUAAUAAGUAAUAUUGCUUUUGCAGAAAUGACGAGAUGAUCAUGAUUAAAUUGGAGCAUCUUAUCCUUAAAGAAUAAAUUGAUAUUUUUAAAACCUUUAUCAAAUAAUCUCAAAUAUAAUCAUCAUUAUUUUACUUGUAAUUCAUAUAAUUGCUUAUUUAUAAUAAUAGAUUAUUUGAAGCUUUGAACAUUACUUAGAAAUUACUUAACUCUUUUAAUAGAAAAUCAUAAUAUACGAAAUAAGUACAAUUAAUAAAAGGUUAAGUUUCAAUUACUCACAAAAUGCUUUUUAGACUACUUUAACAUCAAAUUUUCAUGUCAAUCAGAUGUUCAAUUUAAAGUAAAUCAUCUAGCGCUACAAAAUUAUAAGUUAUCAAACAAGCAAUUAGAUAAUUUCAAUAAAAGUUUGAUUCUGAGAAAACUAUUCAAAAUAAAUUCAAUGACAUCAUGAAAUAUAAAAUUGAUUUCUUGGAUGAUUUAUCAAAUACACCAAAUUUAGAUGAUGAAUUCAUCAAUUAUUAGGCUUUCAAAAUAAUCUAAGAAAUGGAUUAAUUUAAAGAACUAUUAAUGUACAAUUUUUAGUAAAUGCCAAGUAUAUUUAAAUAAUAUAAUUAGCUUCCAAUAAUAAGAGUUUAUUAUUGUUCUUUCAAAUAGAAAUACUAAAUGAUCUAAUCAAUUCUCAAACAAUUAAUACAAUGAAUACUCAUUUAGAAGAUUAAGAAUAGAUAAUCUUUUCUAAUAAUGUUUAUUAAGAAUUAGUAAAUUAAUAUUAUUUCGCAUCAUUCAUUUUAAAAGAUGAGGACAAUAUUGAAUUUGUAUCAAACAAUGAAAAAAAAUAAUUGAAAAUUGGAUAGCGAAAAUAUAUUGCUUUUGAAGAGAUGGUUCCAUAAUCUUUGAUCUCACUUCAUAAAUACUUGAUAAAAGAUUUUUUUUAAACAGGUAAGAAUAAAUAUUAUUUAAACAUUAAUUAAUCCUUUUUAUAAGUAUCUACAGGAAUCAUAAGUCCAAUUGAAAUGUGUAUGGACAUAUCUUUUGAUCUAAAAAUGAACUAGUUAUUAGUAACAACGUUUCUAAAGCAAUUAAACAGUGACAAUUAAGUCCAUUACAUUAUUUUAGAUUCUCAAUUUAAGAUAAGAGAAAUCUCAUAAGUUCUUUAUGAAAAUAUCUUAGAUUAUCCAGCAAAUACUAAGAUGCUACUAUAUGAUAUUUCAGUAUUUAUUUUUAUUCCAGAAUUAAAAGAAAAAGACUUUAUUUAGGAUAGGACUUUGGGAUUGUAUAAACUCUUCUUUCCAUUAAAUAUUAAUAAAUAAACUUCACCUAAUUUAAAAACUUAUAAAAAAUCUUUAGAAUUUUUUCAAGGUUUAAUAAGUGUAAAAGUAAGGUUUAUUAAUAAAAAGAAUCUCUACUACAUUAUUGAGAUAAGUGAUUUGAAAUCAGAGAAACCAUAAUUAUUAGAAUCUAUAUCAAUACCUUAAGGAGAGAUUGACGAAAAAGAAAUAAUUAAUAUUCCUUUGGAAAUUAAUUUAUGGAAUGAAAUUACAAGCUUGAAUUAAAUGAAUUAGUAAUAAUAUACAUCUCUUCUGGAUUCAUAAAGACCUUUAUUAGUUAAUAGUUUAAGUGAUGGACUAGAAUUAAAAAUUGAAAAUAACCAUAAGCUCGAUAAUAACAGCAAGAUAAAUAAGAAACUAUAGAACUCUAUAGCCUCAGUAUAAGACUAAUAUUCUGAAAAGGCCUAAUAAUAGUUUGAUGAUGUAGGUUCAUAAGUUUCCUCAGUAGCUGCAGUUAGAAGAUCUCUUUAUUUUAAAUAAUUUAAAGUAAUCAACGAAUUAAUAUACUCAAAAAUCUUCCCCAACAAUAUCAAACUAUUUAAUAUAACUUUCUUCAUUUAUAUUCUUGUAGGGAUAAUAAAUAUGAUAAUUCUUAUUGAAUAAGUUUAAAAUUUAUAGAAAUAUUAGGAUCUUAUGGUAUUAUUGAGUAUUAAGUAUGAUAUUUAUGAACCAAUAGAAUCUUUUUUAAAUACAAGAUACACAAUAGUUGGACUCAACUAAGCUAUUUCUACAAAAAUGAUAACACAAUAGGAAUAUAAUGAAUUAGUAGCAUUUCCUAAUUCAAAUUUGGUUAAAGGAUAUGAUGAUUUAAAAUCUAAUAUCAUGGAUGUUAUCUAAAGAAAAGAAUUUUAAUCUUUUUUGAAAGACUAUUACUUUGAAAGUUAUUGGUAUACAUCAACAAACAAAGGAAGCUAAAGAAAUACAACUUUUAGGAGUGGAAUUCUAGCAAUGCUAAACUAUCAAUAUGAAUAUAAAUUAGCUUUUACAAUUCGACCAUUAGUAAUAGAUAGUGCUUAUUCUUAUUAUUCCUACAAAAAUUACCUUUCAAUUUUUUCAAUUUUUACUUAGUUAAGUAAUGAUAUUUUAGAUUUGUUAAUAAAUUCAUUAAGUAAUUAGCAAAUUGAGCUUAUUGUUAUCAAUGCUACCUUUAAUUGCUUACUUACAAUUAUUUCAAUUUGUUAUUUCUACUAUUUAGUAAAAUAACGACGAUUGAAAAAUAAAAUUUUAAGUUUACUCCCAUAACAAGAUAAAGAUAUUAUGCUAUAUGAAAUUUAAAGACUUAAACUUUUAUAAAGUCAUAUUAAUGCCAAUUAUAACUAUUUAUGUCAAUACACAUUAGAAAUCUAAUAAUUCGAUGAAAAUUUAAAAAAACAAGAAGGAGAAUUCUAUAAAUUAGUCAAUAGAAAAGGCAAAAAAACAAGUGGCUUAAAAAGAAAAAGAUAAGUCACUAUUUAUAAUUUUAUUUAAGUUGGAAUCUUUUUAUUUAGCUUCAUUAUAAUUCUAUUAAUUAAUCUCUUGACUAUUAAUUCACUUGAUUAAUAUCUAUUUAAAUAAAAAAACACAGGACAAAUAUAUUCAUCCUUGUCCAAUACAGGAGUUAAUAUUCUCAUCAUUUAUGCUUAAAGGGAAAUUUUAUAUAGGAUUGUGGCUUUUGCAUUUUUGACAUCCCAAGAUAUUUAAGGCAUCUAAGAUUAAGUUGAUAAUAGUUUAAUAUAGAUUUAAAAUUUUAGCACUUAAUUUCUAUAAGUCAAUUAAAAUGAUUAUCUUUUAGAUGAUAAUUCUAUGAAUUUAUUCACUGAUAUAAGCACACAAUCUUUAUGUAAUUUUUUGCCGGAGGUAAAUAAAAUAAUUAUCAUCUAUAGAAAUAUGCAAAUGUUUCAUAAUCCUUAUGUCCAUUUGUUUUAUAAGGAAUCUUAAAUAAAGGCUUAAUACCUACAUUGAAUUUAAUGUAUACUUCAGUUUAUGCUGAAAAAUAAGUUAAUAAUUUCACAUCCAGACCACCUACUCAGGUACCAUUAAGAGAAUUAGAAGGGGCUACCUUCACAUCUUGGGUUAUUAAAGAAUUAGUAAAAGAUUUAGCUCAAAAUUUAAAUAACUACUCUAGUUAAUUACAAAUGACUUUUACUGUAAUCAAUUUAAUCAAUAAUUUAGAUUAUUUAUGCAUUUUUUAUUGCUUUUUAAUUGUUAUUUGGUUUAAUUAUAGUUAUAAAAAUAAGCAACUAUGAAAUGAUAUAAAUAAGCCAUCUAAGAAAAGUAGUUUAUUUAUUACCUCAAUCAAUAUUGUUAUUUGAUGAUUCAUUUUAGCGCCAAAUUAAAAUUAUCAUGAAAUAAGAAGAUUUGACAUGA